GGGGAGCGCAGGGCGCGGCGGAGUCGGGUUUCAGUGCGCGGGUGAGUCAGGCGCGGGCGGCAGCCGGGAUCCUGCCGUCGCCACCGAGCGCCGCCUUUGUUCCGCGCGCGAAGCGGAGCUGGGGCCCGGCGACUGAACCAUGGCACCCAGGAGGACCGCGCAGGACCGGCGCCCGCAGUGGCUGCUCUCCAUCAUCUCCGCGCUGCUCUCCGCAGUCCUGCAGACGCGCGCCGCGACAGGGUCGGCCUCCCAGGACCAUCUGGACCUCACGGAGCUGAUUGGUGUUCCAUUACCCUCGUCUGUGUCCUUUGUCACCGGUUAUGGUGGUUUCCCGGCUUACAGCUUUGGGCCUGGUGCCAAUGUUGGCCGCCCAGCAAUGACCCUUAUGCCACCUACCUUCUUCAAGGAUUUUGCCAUCGGUGUGGCAGUGAAGCCCAGCAGCGCCCAAGGAGGCGUGCUCUUCGCGAUUACCGAUGCUUCCCAGACGGUCAUCUACCUGGGCCUGCGGCUGUCCAGUGUGGAGGACGGCCACCAGCAGAUUAUCCUGUACUACACGGAACCGGGCUCCCAUGUGUCCCAGGAAGCCGCUGCCUUUUCAGUGCCCGUGAUGACCAACAGAUGGAACCGCUUUGCUGUGACCGUCCAGGGUGAGGAAGUUGCCCUUCUCCUGGACUGUGAGGAACACAGCCACGUACUUUUCCAGCGAGCUUCCCGGCCUCUGACCUUCGAGCCCCGUGCCGGGAUCUUUGUGGGCAGUGCAGGAGCCAUGGGACUGGAGACAUUUAUGGGCUCCAUACAGCAGCUUACCAUCUAUACGGACCCCAGAACCCCUGAGGAGCUGUGUGAAGCCCAAGAGUCCUCGGCAUCUGGAGAAGCCAGUGGACUUCAGGAGAUGGACGAAGUCGCUGAGAUCAUGGAAGCCGUCACCUACACUCAGGCCCCGCCUAAAGAAGCACAUGUCAAUCCCAUAAGCAUGCCUCCUACUUCAUCCUCUCCUAUUGAGGACUCGGAGCUUUCUGGAGAACCUGUGCCAGAAGGAACCCCAGAAACCAACUUGAGCAUCAUUGGGCAUAGCAGCCCCGAGCAAGGGUCUGGUGAGAUUCUGAAUGACACCCUGGGGGUCCAUGCUGUGGAUGGGGACCCCAGUACUGAUGGUGGUUCAGGGGAUGGGGCCCUGCUGAAUGUCACUGAUGUUCAGGUGUUAUCAGCAACAGCAACUGGGGAGGCCAAGGUGCCUGUCACCACUACCCUGGAAGCAGAGAUUAGCAAUGUGCCUACUGGGAGCCCCAACCUGGCCAUGACCACCCAGAACUCCAGGGAAGUGGCUACUUCGAAUCCAGAGAAUGAGGAAAAUCUAGCAACAGCAGCAUCAGGGGAUGGUGAAGUGCCCACCAGCACUGCUGGGGAUGCAGAGGCUGGUACCGUGCCUCCUGCAGGGCCAACCCUGUCCAUGCUUACCCAGAAACCAAGAGAAGAGGCCACUCUGGGUCCAAAUGGUGAAGAAUUGUUAACCCCAGCUGUGUCCAAGGUGCCACUCGGUGCUUUUGAGGAAGAGGAAGCCAGUGGGACUGCCAUCGACAGCCUAGAAGCCUUCACAUCCACAGUGGCCCUUGAGCAAGCCAAUGGGACCCCUACAGACGUCCAGAAUGCUCCCACACCCACAGUGGCCCUUGAGCAAGCCAGCGAGAUCCCUACAGACAUCCAGAAUGCUCCCACAUCCACAGUGGUCCUUGAGCAAGCCAGCAGGAGUCCUACAGAUCCCCAGGCUACUCUCACACCCACUGUGGUCCCUGAGCAAGUGUUUACUCCUGCACCUGCUGAUGGAGAAGACUUGGUGGCAUCCACAGAGGAUGCUGAAGAGGAGGGGUCUGGCAGCAUACUCCCCAGUGGGCCUCCGCUCCCCACACCCACAUUGACUCCUGAAAGGCAGAUCACUCCCGUAGGAGUGGAGACCGAAGGCUCUGGCCCUGUUUUGGACUCAGAUGUGGGCUCAGGCUCUGGAGACUUUGUGGGCAACGAGGAUCUGUUGAGAGGUCCUCCGGGUCCCCCAGGCCCACCUGGAUCACCUGGGAUUCCAGGAAAACCAGGAACGGAUGUUUUCAUGGGACCCCCUGGCUCUCCUGGAGAGGAUGGAGCUACUGGUGAGCCAGGACCUCCGGGCCCCGAGGGACAGCCUGGACUUGAUGGAGCCUCUGGCAAGCCUGGGAUGAAAGGAGAGAAGGGAGCAAGAGGACGUAAUGGCUCCGUUGGCGAGAAGGGAGACCCUGGCAACCGAGGCUUACCAGGACCCCCAGGAAAAAAUGGACAAGUUGGCACUCCUGGGGUCAUGGGACCACCGGGGCCUCCUGGACCCCCUGGCCCUCCAGGCCCUGGAUGUACAACAGAGCUUGGAUUUGAGGACUUCGAAGGCUCGGGAGACAUCCAGCCGCUGAGCAAACCCAGACUCACGGGACCCUCUUCUCCAAGUGGUCCCAAAGGAGAAAAAGGAGAACAAGGACCCAAGGGCGAACAGGGAAGGGACGGAACCAGCACUGUGGGCCCCCCUGGGCCCAGAGGGCCCCCUGGGCGUGUCGAAGUCUUGUCCAGUUCUUUGCUCAACAUCACUAAUGGAUUCAUGAAUUUCUCGGACAUUCCUGAGCUUAUGGGACCUCCGGGGCCGGAUGGUGUGCCUGGGCUACCCGGAUUUCCAGGCCCCAGAGGACCAAAAGGUGACACUGGUGUGCCUGGAUUCCCAGGUCUAAAAGGAGAACAGGGUGAGAAGGGAGAGCCGGGCGCUAUCCUGACAGGGGACGUCCCUCUGGAAAUGGUGAAGGGGAGAAAGGGUGAACCUGGAAUGCAUGGAGCCCCUGGACCCAUGGGACCCAAAGGACCACCAGGACACAAAGGAGAAUUUGGCCUCCCGGGACGACCUGGUCGCCCAGGAUUGAACGGUCUCAAGGGUGCCAAAGGAGAUCGGGGGAUCAUGAUGCCGGGUCCACCUGGCCUACCUGGACCUCCAGGACCCCCCGGACCCCCUGGAGCUAUGGUUAACAUCAAAGGUGCUGUUUUCCCAAUACCUGCCCGGCCACACUGCAAAACUCCGGUUGGUACUGCUCACCCCGGGGACCCAGAGCUUGUCACUUUCCAUGGUGUUAAAGGAGAGAAAGGGUCCUGGGGUCUUCCUGGUUCGAAAGGAGAAAAGGGGGACCAAGGAGCCCAAGGACCACCAGGCCCUCCGGUUGAUCCAGCUUAUCUGAGACAUUUUCUCCACAGCCUGAAGGGGGGGAAUGGAGAUGCAGCCUUCAGAGGAGAGUCCAGCAACAACCUCUUUGUGUCUGGGCCUCCAGGCCUACCAGGACAUCCAGGCCUGAUUGGACAGAAAGGAGAGGCUGUUGUGGGUCCCCAGGGCCCCCCAGGAAUUCCAGGCCUGCCUGGGCCACCUGGCUUUGGGAGACCGGGUGUCCCUGGACCACCGGGACCCCCUGGGCCACCAGGACCUCCUGCCAUCCUGGGUGCAGCUGUGGCCCUUCCAGGCCCACCUGGCCCUCCAGGACAGCCAGGACUCCCGGGAUCCAGAAACUUGGUCACGGCACUCAACGACAUGGGUGACAUGCUGCAGAAAGCACACUUGGUGAUAGAGGGGACGUUCAUCUACCUGAGGGACAGUGCAGAGUUUUUCAUUCGUGUCCGAGAUGGUUGGAAAAGGUUACAGUUGGGAGAACUAAUCCCCAUCCCUGAUGACAGCCCCCCACCACCAGCACUUUCCAGCAAUCCGUACCAGCCACAGCCUCCACUGAACCCCAUUUUAAGUGCCAACUACCAGCGGCCCGUUCUGCACCUGAUUGCUCUGAACACCCCGGUGGCCGGGGACAUCCGAGCUGACUUCCAGUGCUUCCAGCAGGCCAGGGCUGCGGGACUGCUGUCCACCUUCCGAGCUUUCCUGUCGUCCCACCUGCAGGAUCUCUCCACAGUUGUGAGGAAAGCCGAGAGAUUCAGCCUCCCCAUUGUGAACCUCAAGGGCCAGGUGCUUUUUAACAAUUGGGACUCGAUCUUCUCGGGUGAUGGAGGCCAGUUCAAUACGCACAUUCCGAUAUACUCCUUUGACGGUCGAGAUGUGAUGACGGAUCCUUCCUGGCCCCAGAAAGUCAUCUGGCAUGGAUCCAACCCCCAUGGUGUCCGUCUUGUGGAUAAGUACUGUGAAGCCUGGCGAACCACAGACAUGGCAGUAACAGGAUUUGCCUCCCCACUGAGCACAGGGAAGAUUCUGGACCAGAAAGCCUAUAGCUGUGCUAAUCGGCUAAUCGUCCUGUGUAUUGAAAACAGUUUCAUGACCGACGCUAGGAAGUAAUAGCCUUCCCAUGAUUCUUAAAGAGUUUUCUAAUUUUUCUUAUGUGAAGAGUCGACACUGAAGUGUAAAAUGCUGUAAAUAUUACAGGUUUUUUAUAUAUAUAUACUACACAUUUGUCAAAAGAGAAACCAAAGAAAACAUACCUCAGUAUACUCAAAAGGAAAGACGCGAGGGACUCAGAUCCAAGUCAAAUCCAGUCCACAUAUUGGUGCUAGAUCCCGCAGGAAACCCCGGCAGUGUGAACACAUCCUGACCCAGAGUAGGGCAAUCAGCAAACAGGCCAGAGGGAUUGCCCCGUGCGUUCUUCAGAGAAUAGUUCCUCCCUCCCAACCAUGACUAUUGACUGUAAGAUAUCCUUCAUGUUUGUUUACAAGGUCAGCUUUUAGACACACAGCCCCUUCCUAAGUUAUGUGUGAACCAAGUGCUUAGUGAUUCCAUCCACACCCGUCCGUCCAGAGAAAGGGAACUGCUCCAAAGAUCCCAUUCAUAUUUCCUUCUAUCAGGCUUUAAUAUGGCUCCCCCUUAAAACACCACUGCCACCAUGCUGCCGAGUUUUGCAUGUUUACCCAAUCAUAGCUGAGCGUGGCAUCUGUUUAUGUAAUUCUGGCUUGCUGGGAAAGUUGAGACUCUUAAGAAAGAAACAGCGCAUAAUCAUUAUCUUUCCCUUGCUAGGCCUCCUUCCCAUCCCCCACCCCAAAUUUCCACUUGGCAAGUGUUGAAUUACGACUGCAGCUGAAACAGAUUUCGUUGACACGAGUUUUCAGAGAAAUCUGUAUCGUUGCGCUAUAGGCUUCGCUACCUUUUUCCAUGUAAGAACAUAAAGACAUCUUUUCCAGG